CCGCGAUCUCCCCACGUCUAUCCCCACGUUCUGUCUCAUAUCCUCUACACACCACCAUGCAACUCGGUCUCUCGGAAAGCCUUUCGGCGCUGGUCGCCCGGCGCUUUAAAGCUGCCAAAGAAGGGAAUCAUCUAGUGUUCUCGCAUACACACUUGUCAAUUGUCACGGCUGCGGGGAUUCCGUAUCAAUUACGCUAUUGCCCUGCUCUUGCAAAGAAACCAUCAAAUUACAAACCGGAACCUGGUCCGAAACGUCCCAAACCCGAUCCCUUCGAGAACCCCUCUCCGGAGCUUCUGCUCGCCCACUUCCCGCCCGAGAACCCUUCCCACGCCCUCGUGCUCAAUAAGUUCCCCGUUAUCCCGCACCACUUUAUCCUCGCGACGAAGGAAUGGCGGGCUCAGACCGACUUGCUGGAGAAGGUGGAUCUGGAAGCUACAUAUGAAUGUCUACGUACAUGGGGCCUUGAUAAUAGCUGUAGCAGCAGCAACAGCUCAGAGAAACCCCGCCUCUACGCCUUCUUUAACUCUGGCGAGGACAGCGGUGCAAGCCAACCGCACCGUCACCUUCAAUUCCUUCCCGUCGAAGCAAUGCGAUCACCUGGCGCAGAGGGAUGGCACCCCCUCAUCGAACUCCUAGCCGCCCAACAACCCAAGACACAACCCGGUUCAUCGCCAACCUCCAACUCAACAUUCCAAUACAUGCCUCACCUCCCAUUCGCCCACUUGGCGCUCCCCCUCCCUCCGAACCCAUCCCCAGAAACCCUCCACUCAAUCUAUAUCACUCUCUACCGCGCCGCCGUAGCCGCAACAGAAGGCCGAGAUCCAGCGCAGGCCCAUGAUCUCCCAUCUCACGGUCCAGCCGCUAUAAGCUACAACCUCGCCAUGACGCUAUCAACAAUGAUGAUCGCGCCACGGAAAGUAGAAACCGCUACCGUACCCAUCGAUCCGGCCGCGGCGAAUGAUACGGUCGAUCCGGGGGUCAUUUCCUUGAACGGAACUAUCCUUGCGGGUACGUUGAUGGUCAAGGCCGAGGCGGAAUGGGAUGCUUUGAGACAUCAUCCGGAGAACUUGAAUCAAGCUUUGAGGGAUGUGGGAUUCCCAAGGGUUGAUUAUCGUGGAGGAUCUUUAUUGUGA